AUGCUGACCGCCGCCGUGGGCCCGGCCGCGGCCACCCUCGCGCAGCCCGCCCCCGCCACAGCAGCAGCGCCUGCAAAGCCCGCCGUCACCCCAGCAGCCGCCGCCCCAGCCACCGCUGCAGCAGCCCCCGCCGCCGGCGCCGCCUCUGCCGCGCCCACGGCCGCCGCGGCCCCCGACGCCCCAGGCGCAUCGGCGCCCGCCGCGGCUGCGGCGCCCCCGCAGCAGAUCUUCUCCCCCUCCCUCCCAGGCCUCGCCCUCGGCGCCUCCGGUGCCGCCGCCGGGCCCGCCGCGGCUGCGGCGCCCGCGGCGCCCGCGGCCCCCCCGCCGAAGAACGUCUGGGAGCAGCUCGAUGGUACCGUGCCCGUUCCCAAGGCCGCCGCCGCCGCCGCCAAGCCAGCGCCGGCCGCGGCGCCCUCCGGGAUGCCCGCAGCCGCCAACGGCUGGAUCGUGGAGGGCGCGGCGCCGCCGCAGCCGCCUGUGGAUCCGACGGCGGUCUACAGCACCGCCCGCGCCGCACCCGCGAGCAGCGAGCAGGGCAUCGCCGCGCGCCAGCAGGGGCUCGUGCAAGACGCCGGCGCCGCGGCCGCGGCGCCGGCGGCGGCGGGCGCACUCAGCGGCCCCGCCGGCGCCCUGGCCAUACCUGGCGCCGCCGCGGCCGCGCCCGGCCCGCUUGACUCGGGCGUCAGCCUCGGCCCGGGGAUUACGCCGCUCGGGCCCGCGCCCGCCGCCGCGCCGUCCGACGCGGGGGUGUUUGCCGUCGGCGGUCCGACCGCCGCCGGCGAGCUGCCUGCGAUGUACGUCCCCAAUCCGGCCAACGCGCUGACGACCAACGACCUUUUGCUCAAGCUGAGCCUCGGUAGCAGCAAAGAGCAGCUGCUGCCCGCCGCCAACUUCCUGCGGGGGCUGGUCGCCAACACCACGUCGACGCCGGUCGACAACGUGCUGUUUUAUGACGUCACCACCAAGAGCGGCGCGAGCGGCGGCCAGCCGACCGUGGACGUCACCCUGCUUUUCAAGAACACCCAGAUGGUGGCUAAGAGCCGCCAGUUUGCGGUCCUCAACGACCGCAACCAGCUCAGCGGCAUCGCCACGCAGCUGGCGCGCGCAGCAGGCCUUGUGCUCAAUGACGCAAAGGCGGCCCCUGCGGUGGGCGGCGGCCCCGCGCCGAUGCGCGACAGCGGCUACGGCGUGAUCAACGACCUCCCGCCCCCCGCUCCGUCGGCGGGGGCGCUCAACGCAACAGCGGCGGCCGCCGCCGCCAGCGCGAGCGCCGCGGCGGCGCCAGGGAGCGGCGCCGGCAGGGCGCGUGGGCUGCCAGCGGGGGCGGCGCUGGCGGCGGGCGCGGCGGCACUGCUUCUGCUGCUGUGA